GAAUUGAAUCUGGUUGGGAGUGAAAGGAUUUAGGAGCACAGUGCACAGCUAGAGGCUGUCCGGGCGGAGGUUGCAAAGCUAACACGCAAACUACUGCCUUCCAGUUUCAGUGAGGCUGGGGCUCCUAAGAGCUUUCAAAAGAAACGGGCUAUUUUAGUUUGCAUUAUUUUUAAUCAAUACAAAGGGAAAGCAGUGCCAUGGUACAUGCGGGGCUUCCAGGCUGACCCAUGGUCUGGUUCCUAAAGCAGCCUACCGAUGUUUCCCGUUGUACCCGCAUGAAGAGAAACAGAAGAAAAGCCGGGGAGUUGUGUAGCACUAUUUUUAUACGCUUCUAGAGUUUGAUUCAAAGUUGAGAGCCAAGAUGGCGGCCGAUUCCGUGCAGGGAGACGAUGUGGGCCUCUUGGUCUCGGAGCAGCUGGGCCUGGGGCAAAACCUGGACCUGUCGGACACCAUGGUCCAGCAGAAGCUGGACGAGAUCAAGGACCAGAUCAAGAGGGAGAUCCGCAAGGAGCUGAAGAUCAAGGAGGGCGCAGAGAACCUGCGCAAGGUCACCACCGACAAGAAGAGCCUGGCCUACGUGGACGACAUGCUCAAGAAGUCCAGCAAGAAGGUGGAUGACCUGCACCAGGACCUCCAGGAGCUCAACGCUCACAUCGUGGUGAAGGACCCUGAGGAUUUGCUAGACUCGCCCCAAACGCCAGAUGCCCCCAACAGCGAAACGCGGGCGAGUAACAACAGCAGCCGAAUAGCUGCCCUGAAGAAGCAGAUCGACAUCGAAAUGAAAGUGAAACAGGGGGCGGAGAAUAUGAUCCAGAUGUACUCCAAUGGCUCCUCAAAGGACCGCAAAUUGCUUGCAACUGCUGAGCAGAUGCUACAGGACAGUAAAACAAAGAUAAAGUUCAUCCGGAUGCAGAUUUUGAAAGCCAGCCAGACCAGCGAGAUGGGUUUGGAUAACAGUGACGCCUCCACUCCGAAACCCCUCCUCAGCCCACUGGACCUCCGGGUGGAAGAGCUCCGCCAUCAUCUGCAGAUCGAGAACGCCGUCCUCGAGGGCACCAAGAACGUCAUGAAGCUGCUGGGCGCAGAGAAGAAGGCGUACUCCGAGGCUCAAGCCAGAUUCGAUGAGUCCAGUCAGAAGCUGGACCUGUUGAAAUACUCGCUGGAGCAGAGGCUGAGCGAGCUCCCGAAGAACCACCCCAUGGCCGACGCCAUCAUGGAGGAGCUGACGCUGGUGGCGUCGCCCACCCUGGGCCCCCGCCAAAGCGUCGUCUCCACGCACCACCAGUACAGCACGGUCAACAAGCCCGCCGCCCUGACAGGUACCCUGGAUGUGAGACUAAUGGGCUGUCAGGACCUGCUGGAGAAUGUUCCGGGCCGGGUCAAAGCAACCUCUGUGGCUCUGCCGGGCUGGAGCCCGAGCGAGAACAGGUCCUCUUUCCUGAUCAGGGCCAACAAGAACAGAGUGGGCAGCACCCGGAACAUCCUGAAGACCGACAAUAUAUCCAAUGAGAUCAGUGCCGUGCUGAAGCUGGAUAACACCGUGGUGGGACAGACGAGCUGGAAGCCAGUCAGCAAUCAGGCGUGGGACCAGAAGUUUACGCUGGAGCUUGACCGAUCUCGCGAACUGGAGAUUUCAGUGUACUGGAGGGACUGGCGGGCACUGUGCGCCGUCAAAUUCCUGCGACUGGAGGACUUCCUGGACAACCAGCGACACGGGAUGUGCCUGUACCUUGAGCCGCAAGGUACACUCUUCGCUGAGGUUACAUUUUUUAACCCUGUUAUUGAGAGGAGACCCAAACUGCAAAGGCAAAAGAAGAUUUUCUCAAAGCAACAAGGAAAGACCUUCCUCCGCGCCCCUCAGAUGAACAUCAACAUCGCCACCUGGGGCCGGCUGGUCAGGCGCGCCAUCCCCUCCGUGCACAACUCGUACAGCCCCCAGGUGCCCGGGUUCACCCCGGACUCCCCCGUCCAGUCUGGUUUCCCCGCCUCCCCAAGUGACCCUACGGUGACCAAAUUGGACUUCGACAAAGAAGCCACCUUUCCGAAGUUUCACUCCACCGCGGACGAGUUUGGAGAGCCCAUGGUGCGGAACAAGGCGCCGGACAAACGGGAAGAGCAGGAUGCGCUAGCAACGUUUGAUUUCCUGAACAACAGGAACAGCUCGGCUGUCAAACUGGACAAUGACAGAAUUGUGGAGAAUGAGAUCCAGAAGCCAGAUCUUGAGCUGAUAACUGCUCCACAGACCACAGACACAAGGGAAGAAGAACAAUUCCAGUUUAAUCUCAAAGAUUUCAAGUGUGUUGCAGUUCUCGGCCGGGGGCAUUUUGGAAAAGUGUUGCUAGCAGAUUACAAAAUGACGGGAGAAAUGUUCGCCAUCAAGGCCUUAAAGAAAGGAGACAUCGUCACUCGCGAUGAGGUGGACAGUCUGAUGUGCGAGAAGAGGAUCUUCGAGACGGUCAACAGCGUUCGUCACCCCUUCCUGGUCAAUCUCUUCGCCUGCUUCCAAACCAAAGAUCACGUGUGCUUUGUGAUGGAGUACGCGGCAGGAGGGGACCUGAUGAUGCACAUCCACGCCGACGUCUUCUCCGAAACUCGAGCCGUUUUCUAUGCUGCUUGUGUGAUCCUGGGGCUGCAGUUCUUGCAUGAUCACAAGAUUGUAUACAGAGAUUUAAAGCUGGAUAACCUGCUGCUUGACACUGAGGGUUACGUGAAGAUCGCCGACUUUGGCCUCUGCAAAGAAGGAAUGGGAUUCCGGGACCGCACCAGCACGUUCUGCGGUACGCCUGAGUUCCUGGCCCCGGAGGUGCUGACAGAAACUUCGUACACACGGGCGGUGGACUGGUGGGGGCUGGGUGUCCUCAUCUUUGAGAUGCUGGUUGGGGAGUCUCCUUUCCCUGGUGAUGAUGAAGAGGAGGUGUUUGACAGUAUUGUCAACGACGAAGUCCGCUACCCGAGAUUCCUGUCUACAGAGGCUAUCUCCAUAAUGAGAAGGCUUUUGAGAAGAAAUCCAGAAAGACGUCUUGGCGCAGGAGAGCAGGACGCGGAGGAGGUCAAGAAGCACCCCCUCUUCAGAAACGUUGACUGGAGCGGCCUACUUGCCAAGAGGAUGAAGCCCCCCUUCGUGCCAACCAUCAAAGGCCGGGAGGAUGUCAGCAACUUCGACGACGAGUUUACCUCUGAGGCGCCGAUUCUUACCCCGCCCAGGGAGCCCAGGGUCCUGACGGGGGACGAACAGAAGAUGUUCGCCGACUUCGAUUACAUCGCCGACUGGUGCUAGCCCCCCGCUCCGCUGCGCCCCCUCGACACUGUAAACUCGCCAUGGCUGACGGCGGCUCGCGACUCCCUGCGAACAUCAGCAGCUGUGCUCUCCCGACCUUCCGUUGCUGUCUGUGCCACCCAAAGGAACCGCUAAAUGCCUUUGAACCGAAACUCAGAUGUAUUUUUAAAAGUUGCAACAACAACAAAAAAAAAACUUACAAAAAAGAAUUGGUCAUUAUACUGACAGAAGUGGCCUCAAGCUGUCUGUUUUCUAAAAUAUUUAGCACUAUAGAGAGAGAUUUUCAAAAAACUAAUUCAGGGAAUGGCUCCACUACAGGCCUCAUUACAACUAAAUUAAGUUCAUCCCACAAUGCACUUCACCCCCCAUUUUUCUGCCUUAAAUACAGUUGUCACAAUCCUCAUUUCAUUUGUUGGAUGAGCGUGAACUUUCCCCGUUGAUACUCGAGAUGCUAUUUUUAAACAACACUGAACCUUGGGCUCAUCAAGUCCAAUACAGCCAAGUCUACCACUUUCCACUUAGCAUAGAAAUGUGCAUUUUAUUCAAACUGACAAGCUUCCUAAGUUUCUCUUUCAGAACACUAGUUUUAGUACUUUCUUUGCCUUCGUAUUUAUUUACUAUUUACCAUGAAUUUACCAUUUUUCACGAUGCCCAAGAUGUGUUUGUUAAGGACCUUCAAGCAACAACUGUCUACUACAGUCCUGAAAACCUAGCCAGCUGCCAAAUAGGCUUGUGCUUUUCUGAUCCCUGUGUGGAUCACCAAUGAGACCUCGACCAUGACUACACCAAUGGAGGAGCCUGAACCUUCUUAAAAUCUCUCUACAUUGAUACGAGACUGUAUACCUUCCGCUCUUUGUGGUUUUCUGGUUUUAUGCAUUUUCGUAAUUCUCUCCACCGCAUACCAGUCGGUGGAAUAAAAUAAGUUAUAGUUUUAUAUCGAGUUUUAGCAUCUGCUGUAUAGGAAAACCGUGUGUUUUAUGUGGAAACUUAAGGGUGUUAGGACAUGUCAAGAUCACGAGCGUAGGCCAAAUGGUAGAGACCAAUUUUGGACUAUUGUAAAAUGGAAUGUAAAAACGAAUAUUCUUAAAGGAUACAUGUCGGCGUAUACCAUAAUAUGCCAAAGCAGGCCAUGUUUUUUUUAUUGUUAUUUCGAAGUGGCAUGUGUAGUGGGGGCUGUGUCGAAGGCUUUAGUCCUGUAACUUAGCUGACAUGAGCACCAGUUGUGGGCGAGUGGCACUUUCGGAAACAUGGAUCUUUGUUUGCAUUUUCAGUCAGGUAUUUCUUGUUACAGGGCUUGAAUGUUUUAGUUUUUUUUUUUUUCCCAUUACACUCUGACAAAGUGGAUGUCUGUAUGCCAACACGUAUAACAGAGCCAGCUGAUUCAAGACAAUCCUUUAGGAUGAGCUCAGGCAAGGUUUGAGAUCAAGGCGUUUGAAGGUGAAGCAGUGCCAAGCCAAGAAUCCCACACAGCUAAUUACCAAAAUCCUAUAAAUACACCCAGUGCAACUUGAUGCAAAAUCUCCAUUUGUUUCAGUCCAGUGGAUACAGAGGGGAUUGCACGGUUACACAUGCACACGCACACGUACGCAGGCACACACACACACACGCACACACACACACAACACAAAAACUAAACUGAUGAUAAAACUAGCUCAGUUACUGUAACAGAAGUUGUACAGAAGGCUUUUAAAGAUAAGGGGUAUUGGGAGGUAUUGAUGUCAGGGUAUACGUACAAAAGCUCAAAGCACUAAUUUUAUGUUUUGUUUCUUUUUUUUUUUAAUGAUGAACUUCUUAGCUUAAUUAUGGAAAUGGAUUGUAAAUAACUUUUUCUAUAUACUGUACAUAAAUUGGCUUCUUAAGCACAUUGUGAAAAGUGAAUGUUUCUUUCAGUGGUACUCUGAGUUGAAGUUAUAAGGGUGCUAAUGAGAGAAAGUGGUUGCAGUCAUUGAUAUCAUGAAUGCAAAAAUAAAAAAAAAGAUGUAAUUGAAAAUAAUA